ACCUCCUGCAGAUGCCCAAGAUAAUACUGAUAAGGAAAAUAAAAGAGAGGACUUUGUAGGCCACACUGGUUGUGAUACGAAUGGGAUAUUAUUGCAAACAGCCAGAGCAGAUAUACGUCCCAUGGACGAGUCUCAGCAAGUUAGUACUAGAAUACUAUUCGACAGUGGUAGUCAGCGGACAUAUAUAUCGGAAAAGGUUCGGAAUAGACUUAGGUUGAAGGCAUUAAGAUCAGAGAAAGUGAUCAUUAAGACUUUUCGUCAGAGUGAGGUUCAAAGGUUGGAUGUAGUUCAUUUGAAGAUUUAGAGUAAAUGUGACAAUGCGUUUAUGUGUAUUAGGCCGUGGGAUGAGCAUCCAAAAGAUGCAAUUCCGUUGCACCCCUCGUGGAACUACGUAAUUUUCACAUGAAUAAAUAGAUAAAAACUUACUUUAUCAGAAUCCGUUGCUCCCCAAGUGAAACAGGUGCACAAUUGGGAGAAAAAUCCCUCCAAAGUUUGAUAUUUCCCGCUUCGAAAUAUUCGAACCGCCAUUAUUUUGGUAGCAAAUACGCAUGCGCAACUCAGCCAAACUCGCACUGCGCACGCGCAGACUAUAAAAAUAGAUUCUCACUGGGGGGUUUCCCCGAUUUCCUCCGCAAAAACAACAAAAUAAAAUCACGGAAUACUGAUCAAACCUUGUAAUAUAAAUACACCCACAUUAAAUAUUGUUAAAAACACAUUGUAUAUUUUGCUUGCUCAUAUGCUAAAUCACUUCAAUUCAUUGGCUAUUGUUUCAAAAUACCGUUUUAACGUUUAAUUCUACUUUAUAUUAACAUCCUAAUUCAAUACAAAUUUGUGUGAGGUAAAAAACCCACCUGUAUCAAACAGGACGGAGAAUAAAAAAUAUAUAUGCAUACAAUUCACACGAUCAAGGAACAAAUUAAAUAUUUCGCUAAACUUAAAGCCUUGGCCAAACGUAAGAAACAAUGUCGCGGAAAUAUUCGUGAUUUUUAAUUGGCUUUUAUUGCAGACGCAAAACUUGCUUCCCAGAAAGCAAAUUAUUUCCUACCAAAUUCAGAUUUCAGAAGCAUAUUAUGAAACACUCUUUAUCCGUUUGCCGACGCUGAUAAGACAAUAUGACAUAUCGAAAGAUUGGAAAGACAAAUAAUAUGACAACAGUGUUUCCCAGUUCGUCACGGGCUUUAAGGGGAUAUUUAUAUAAACUCGAAAUUCAUCAUAAAAAAAGAUAAAUUGGGAGGAAAUAUACAAUUCAUUAACAUUUACAAAACAUUAUAGCUUAUCUAUAAUUGAAAGAAAUGUUUUCAUCUUUGAACCCAGAUUUUCAUCAGAGCAAUAAAAUCCCACUUAUUGGAUCCUGGCCAAGGGCGAGAUGUAUUCUGCAAUAAGCUGUCCUGGCUUUUGUCUGGUAAAGUUCUACUUCUCCUAUUUGAACUAUUACAUGUAUUAUAUUUAUAUUGUGACAUAAGUUGGUAUUUAGCCACUAUCUAGAAUAACAAGGAACGAUUCAGCCUGGUUUUUCGUGUCCAUACUAGUUGACUUUUUCUUAUAGAUUUGCUGCUGUGAGUUUCAGCUCCUCCACCAGGGUGCGUUUUAGCUUCUCAGACAUGACCAUACUGUUAACCCUGUCCAUAAGAGGGAUAUAUGUGUUGAUAAUAUAAAUACUGUGGAUCCGAAUGAGAAUAUCGAAUAAGUAAAUAAAUACUGAUCUACUCCACUGAUAAUACCUACAUGCAUUACCAUCAUUGUUCACCUCAAAUCAUUAAUAAUUCAUGAGCAAAUUAGCCAACCAUAUUGCUUUAUUUUGCUCACAUGAUAAUACUAGAUACUUUAUGAAGUAUAUUGAUCCUGUAGUGCCCUUGGACUGGAUUAAAAUUAAUUCAGUCCUUGGACUGGAUCAAAAUUAAUUAAGUAGUGAUUUAUUCGUAUGAGAUGUCAUUUCAAAUCCUCCAAUUCGGACUGGACUAGAUUUCAAGUCCUCACAUUUUGAUCCAGUCCUCUGAUUCGCCUCGGACGUAAUCAAAUUGUGUGGACUUGAAAUCUAGUCUAGUCCUGACCUCAUAGUCGGAUUUGAAAUAUUAUCCCUUGUCAAAUCAGAUGCCAAUGGUGGCCAAGGAAGAUUCAGUUUUGGUAUUUCUUGCACCUUUUGGUGAAGAAUCAAUGCAACAUUGUAUAGAAUUUGUAACUCAUUGACUUUAGAAUUUCCCUCAGUUUCUGUGUUGGAAUUCACAUCAUCAUCAUCAUCAAUGGUACAGCUCUCUUCAUCAAAGUCCUCAUCAUUGUUUUCAGACUUAGGGCCUGUUUAUAUGGAAGCCGGGCUGGCCUGAUAAGCAAGACAGCCCGGUAAGCAAGAUCUCGCUGUGUAGUUAUUUUUAUAGUAAAAAUUAUCAUGCGUUUAUAUGGACAAGCGGGCUGGCCCGGUUGCCAAGAUCUCAUUUGAAAGAGGCUACUCAGGCUAGAUCUCGCUUACCGGGAUGGAAAUUUCUCCAUAUAAACAUUUACAAGCGGGCUAUCCCGGUUGCUGGGAUGAAAGUUCAAAAAUACCGCCACAAGCUAUUUUUAACAACUGUCAAAACAAUACAAUGUAACAAAAUUGUCCUGGCAAGCGGGAUGAAAGUUUAUCAUAUAAACACAAGAGAAAUUCAUCCCGCUUACCGGGCUGCCUCGCUAAGCGGGCCAGCCCGGCUUCCACAUAAACAGGCCCUUAAUUGACAUAUGUUCCUCAACCAAUUCAGAAGAAUCCAAAUUUUCCACAUAUACAAUCUCACUAACAUUUCUCAUUUUCGGUACACAGAACACAAGUUGGGGAUAACUUUUCAUCAGUCGUUGCUUGAGUUUAAAAGCUCUAUAUCUAGAUGCAUCCGCAUUCUCAGUGUCCUCAGCAAUGAUAACAAAUUUCUCCAGCAAAUCUUUCAUAUACUUUAUUUGCUUAUUUCCGAUGACCUCCAUCUCAAUUACUUUCUUACAGAAUACAUCAUAAGACUUCUCGUACACUGAUACUCUCGUUGCUUCUUCGUCUCUCUGGCGAAAAAUAUUGUAUAAUUGCAGUAGCAAACUUUGUGAUAGCGGAUUUCCAGAGAUACACAGUCUUUCCCCUGGAUUUGCAUGAGUAUCUGUUGAUCGUUCUUUCUCUCAGCAGCUGUACGUAGAAGACCAGCAUCAAUUGUUUCUGCCAACAUGAGUGGGUUCUUCUUCUCUUCUUAGUUACCUGGUGUGAAACAAAAUAAAUUAUUAAACUAAAUAUCUGCUAAUAACAAGGUUGGAUGUUUGUAGCAUAGAAACUACUUUACCCUAUAUAAACUAAAUUGAUCACAAUUCAAUAUAUUUUAAAACCAAAUCUGAGAAUGUUGUGCACAUUGCGCUAGUAUUAUACCUAUCAAAAUACCAUACCUUGUCUAGUGAGAACCAUGAGGCGUCUCUUCCACAAAUAUUACAUAUCUCUGGGAGUACAUGCGCGUUUCUUUUUAAUAGGCAGGGCCUUUAUAUAAAUAGCUUCUGCGACUGAUUGACGUGUAUUAAUUUUUCGCCUUGGUUCUAUUGCCUCCACUUCCACGUGUGAUUCUUCGGUAGAAGUUAUAGUUUUAGAGCUAGUUCCUUCUCCUUUUUCUUCUUUUCUCUGUUAUCUACGGAUCUUCGGUUCAUCACAAAAUCUCUUCCAGCAUUUCAUAUGAUGGUUCCAUUCUAAGUUAAUGGUGUCAGAGUUCUUCUCGAUGUAUGAAUUGACAGAUCCGUCAUCGAUGUUCUAGUACGAUUGCUUAGCUAUUUCAGCUUGUUGACAUUUAAGUUUGGCCCAUUUUGACCUACACUCAAGAAAUUUCUUAAGCCUUUGGCGUGUAACUUUGCAAAGUUGCUCCGUAACGCUCAAAAUGCAUAAAACAUGAGGAUAUUCGAGUUUUAUAAAUAUCUUCAGCCAUAUUGUUUAUUUGCAUAACUGAGCGUGUUUCCACUUCGAAGCAUGUGCGUUGGUUGUGCGCGUGCGCAGGGCGAGUUUGGCUGAGUUGCGCAUGCGUAUUUGCUAUCAAAACAAUGGCGGUUCGAAUAUUUCGAAGCGCGAAAAUAUCAAACUUUGGAGGGAUUUUUCUCCCAAUUGUGCAACUGUUUCGCUUGGGGAGCAACGGAUUCUGAUAAAGUAAGUUUUUAUCUAUUUAUUCAUGUGAAAAUUACGUAGUUCCACGAGGGGUGCAACGGAAUCCGUUUUCUAAGCAUCUUUUGCAUGCUCAUCCCACGGCCUAUAUUGAAGCAUUAUGUGUUCCCACUAUAUGUAGCCCACUAACAAAUCAAAAUCUGUCUAGUGUACAAGGAUUGUCUGAGUUCCGAGGGUUGCAAUUUGCAGACUUUGAACAUCAAGGUUCCGCAAAUUUACCAGUGGACAUCUUAAUUGGUAUUGAUUACUAUCAUAUAUUCAUGACUGGUGAAGUAAUUAGAAGCAAGGACGGUCCUGUAGCUAGUAGUACGAAAGUAGGCUGGGUAAUGAGUGGUCGUUUAGGUUCAGCUUCGUCUGAUAUGCACUGUUUAGAGACAUAUUUACUGCGAACUACAGUGGAACAUGUAGAUGAGGGUAAUGAUUCACGACUUAACUUACGACUAACGUUUUGGGAUGUUGAGAAUGUAGGACCUUCCACGGAUUACGUUACUAGUAAAUUUGAAGAAAAUAUAAUGCACAAUGGUAAGCCUGAUCAUGAACUGUUUCCUGAUAACUAUAACGUGUGUGAAGGGUGACUCAGUGACUGAAAUCCUUAAAGGGGAAGUCUACCCCCACAACAAGUUUAGUUCAUAUAAAAGGCCGCCUUACCUUGAUGACUUUCGGUACGAAUUAUUUUGUCUCAAUUCUUUUUCGUUUGCUAAAUAUUCCAUAUGCUUUACUUCGAAAAAUUGCAAAUAGAAAGUCGCCAUAUUGCCUUUUUUCGUAGGCGCAAUAAUUGUCAGCGGUCAGUUUUAUGACGUCACAGGCGUGCUUCAUGCAAUAGUUCAUGUCUCAAAACAGUACAAGAAUCUGCUUUUUCAUUGUAUAAAUUUCGUAAUUUGUACAUUUUUGUGGCUUUACACAAACGUCUUACAAAAUGCCUCAUUGCAUGGUGCCAAACUGUACAAAUGGCUGGCGCAAAACGAAAGGAACAGGUGUCAGUUACCACCGUGUACCUACUAACCAUAUGAAGAGUUUGUGGCUUCAAAGAGUUCGUCGGGAUAAUCCUCGAGAUUCUAAACAUUCGUUUGUAUGUAGUGAUCAUUUUAGCCUAAAGAGUUACGAAUGUUCACUUGCUGAAAAGUUGUGCGGCCAUACAGGGAGGAAAAUUUUGAAACCACAUGCAGUUCCUAAAGCACAGUGAAAACGUGCCAAAAACGAAACAACGGGUAUCAAGCGAAAUGAGAUGCCGGGUUCGAGAGAGAAAUGAGGUAUUUUAUAUAUAUAUAUAUAUAUAUAUAUAUAUAUAUAUAUAUAUAUAUAUAUAUAUAUAUAUAUAUAUAUAUAUAUAUAUAUAUAUAUAUAUAUAUAUAUAUAUAUGCUGGUUGUGCGAUCAGUAAGAGACAUGUUUUCGUUUAAGCUUUUUCGGAGUUUGUGUGUACCCAGAGAGUUGAGAAAGAUGAAAUGGUUGUAUCAUUUGAUGUUAUUUCACUAUUCACUUCCAUCCCCGUAAAAAUGGCUGUGGAUGUAGUGAAGCGACGACUUUCUGAAUCCCACAAAUGGAAAGGAUGUACACUUUUGACUGCUAAACAAGUCGUAAAUCUUCUGGUAUUUGUCUUGAACAACAGUUUUUUCAAAUUUCAAGGAAACUUUUUUCAUCAAAUUUCAGGGUGUGACAUGGGAUCGCCGGUGAGUGCCGUUAUCGCGGAACUUAUUAUGCAAGAAGUCGAAGGAAUAGCUAUAACGACAUCGCCAGUUGACUUGAAAUGGUGGAAACGUUAUGUAGACGACUCCAAUUCUUGUCUAAAACGUUGCUGGGUUCAAAGUUUUCACGACCAUUUGAAUUCGAUAAACCCAUGCAUUCAAUUCACCAUUGAGUUACCUACGACGGUGGGCGAUAAUGACGUCAUUUCGUUCCUGGAUACGGAAGUUGUUGUCAGACCAUGCGGAAACGUGGUGGUGGCUGUACACAGAAAAGCUACACAUACGGACAAAUAUUUAUCAUUCGACUCACACAAUCCAAAACAACACAAAGCUACAGUGGUUAAAACGUUGCUUGAUCGAGCUGAUAAAAUUCCGAAUACUAUCCAGGGGAAGAAAGCUGAGAAACAAAAUGUUCGAAAGGCCUUAAGUGUAAAUGGUUACACAUCUGCUUUUAUAAACAGUGUUGCAAGUAAACCCGAAAGUUCGAACAAACCAACUUCUGUUACUGAGCCCAAAGGUUAUGCAUGUAUUCCAUAUGUCAAAGGCGUUUCUGAGAGAGUCAACCGAAUCUUGACUGGUGCCAAUAUCAGAACAGCGUAUAAGCCACUAACAACAUUGGGCGGAAUAUUCAAAAAACCGAAAGACAGACCAUCAGAAACUCAAGUCAAAGGCAUUGUUUACAAAUUCAAAUGUAAAACAUGUAAUUUCCUUUACAUUGGAGAAAGUAAAAGACCAUGGAAAUUCCGUUCGGCUGAACAUAAACCGGGAACAAGACCGCAGAUUGAGUCGGCUAUAAAGGAACAUGCAGAACGAACUGGACACGAAGUAUGCUCUGGGGAUGUAGAAAUUUUAGAGAGGGGCUUACAUAAUUAUGAUAAACGUAUAUUUCUCGAGUCAUUACACUCAACAAAGGAGACAAUGGCAGUUAAUAUAUGAGCGUAAAAUUUUCCGGCAAACUUAUUUGCCUUUGUUGCAUACCUUGUAAAUUUGCAUACGCUAAGUAUUUAAAACUUGUUCAAAUCAACUUGACAUUAGUUAACUCUGAGGAAGGUCGCAGUUAGCGACCGAAAAUUCAGUAUACUUUUUUAUCUUUUUAAUUGUAUAUAAUAGAUCAGUUGCAACAAUAAACGACAACAUAUAUAUAUAUAUAUAUAUAUAUAUAUAUAUAUAUAUAUAUAUAUAUAUAUAUAUAUAUAUAUAUAUAUAUAUAUAUAUAUAUAUAUAUAUAGCUUAAGAUUUUGGUUUACGAAACACAAACAGUGCUCAAUACCAUAUAUAUAGAGCGUAAUAUAGUUUUUCGUUUUACCUCAAAAAACCACAAUGGAUGAAACAGACUGUUGUGGUUUUUUGAGGUAAAACGAAAAUAUAUAUAUAUAUAUAUAUAUAUAUAUAUAUAUAUAUAUAUAUAUAUAUAUAUAUAUAUAUAUAUAUAUACAUAUAUAUAUAUAUAUAUAUGUAUAUGGUGCUACUUUUAAAAGCCAUGUUGAAGGGCGGUCUUUCUGCAUUAAUCAUCGCUUUGAUUGUGACUCGGAGGGUAUAGUGUAUUUGAUUAGUUGUAAAUUCUGUGGGUUGCAAUAUGUGGGGAAUACCAUAACACCGUUCAGAUUGCGAUUUAAUAACCACAAGAGUGCAUUAAAUAGAUAUGGGCGGGGGCAGAGAAAUAUUUGUGGGCAACAAUUGUAUGCCCAUUUUUUGGGGGAGGGACAUUCAGGUCUAAGUGAUUUUUUAGUGCAGGUUAUUGACGUCACGGACGUUAAUAACCCCACUGAGAGGGAGAGUUUUUGGAUUGAGAAACUAAAUAGUUAUGUCCCAUGUGGGCUUAAUUUAAGGGAAGAGGUUUAAUUAAUUUAUGCUUAGCUAAACGUUAGACUAUUUAAGUAAGAGACGGAGAUGAUGUAGCGUUAUUCUGAAGAAGGGGCUUGUCCCCGAAACGUAAAAAUAUAAUUUAUUUACUUUGAAGAUUUAUGAUUUUUUGAUAUUUAUAUAUAUAUAUAUAUAUAUAUAUAUAUAUAUAUAUAUAUAUAUAUAUAUAUAUAUAUAUAUAUAUAUAUAUAUAUAUAUAUAUAUAUACAUAAUGCAUGUGGUUGGUUUUAUAAACUUGUUAGUAGCCACUGGAAAUUUAUAUCGUGGAAAACAUUGGUCGUCAACACUCUUGGUUCUAUAAAGUACUUACUGUAAACUGUAUUUUUUAGGCACCUUUGGGAGGGAGCUUAUUGGAGAGGGGGGCUUAUUAGAGAGGGGGCUCACUGGGGGGGGGGCUUAUUUAAGGGGGGAGUAAUAGAGUUACCGGUAUGACCAAAUGCUGAUUCCAAAUUCCUACUUGGUGGCAAGGUUUUGACACCAAACUCUGUAUAUUUCCAACAUGCUGAAUACCACCUGACCCUGAGAAAUAAUGAUUUGAUUGACUUGUAUAGAUAGUGCAAGAAUUAUUGGACGAAAAUCAAACCAAAGAAGAUGGGAAAGAAUCAGUUGAUGUGACCAAGUGAUUGAGAUUUGUCAACCUAUGGAUACAAGCACCACAUGUAAUGCCACUGGAAAUAAUGAUCCUAUGCCUCUCAGCCAUGAUGUUAGUACACAGUGUUGUAUCAAUGUGAGAACCCUAGUGAAUGAUGAAACCCAAACAAAUGAAUCUUUUACUACUAAUUAUUGUCUUUCUUCUGAUUCCCAACCACCACCUGCAAAUAUCAACACUCAUUUAUCAGAUCACAAUUAUUAUGCAGACCACCAACAUUUUUUUGAUAACCCAGCAGUAGAACAAGCUGCUGAACAAGCUAUGGAAAAGCAAAAGGAUGUUCUCACAGAAAUAGAUAGCUAA